UUUAAAUUUUGGCGGCAUUUUUAUUCUCGAAUCUUUUUCUUUUUUCCCCUCCUUACUUCUCAUUUCAUUCACACACACGUUCGCUCGCUCGCUCGCUCGCUCGCUUGCAUUCUCUUUUCAUUCUGGCUUUGUCUAUUCCUUUAUUUUCAAUCGAACCUUGAUGACCUUAUUGUACAUACGUAUCGCGUCUCUCUUCGUUUCUCUUUCAUCGGCUAUGUUUCGAUCGCGGCCGUGACACAAGCGGCAUAUUUUCUGUAACAAAAAAAAAAAAAACAUCGGUCUCUAUUCGAUCAAGUGAAAAAAGAAAUAAGAAUAAUAGCAUACUCAUCUCUCGUACAGUGCAUACUAAUCGUCAACACAGUGAAGUGUUCUCUAUCUCUAUUUCUGUCUCUAUCUUUAUCUCUCUCUCUCUCUCUCUCGCUCUCUGCUAAAUCAAAAACAAAAUAUCAAGGUGCAUAGGUGAAGGUUUCUUUUCAAGUUAAAAAAAUCUUAACUGCAAUUCGUCGUAUAUGAACUGUCCUUAAGUUUUUCUGAUAAUAAGAUCUCUACGUAAAUACGUGCACGUUUGUGAAGCCCUUAUUAACAAAUUUUAUUAUUCUUUCGAAAGUGAAAAUGAAAUAUUCUACUGCAAUUGCCGUAGUCUGUUUACUCUUUGGUUUUCUUGGAUAUGGUAAUACGCAGGAAAAUUUACCAUCUGGCGAUGAUAUACUUAAGAAAGCAUCUAGUAUCAUAAAUAUUUCUGAGAUCAAUAAUUUAAAUACUUCGGCAUUGCCUAGCAUCCAAGAAGCUGCAAAUCUUUUUGAACAGAAAUGCAGAAAGAAUGGUGGACCAAAUGCAUUUCAGAAUGCUAAACAUGCCCAGACAGAAAUGGAAAAGUGCCUUAAAUCGCUUAUCAACAUGACUGAGUUAAAUGCAGAAAUGGAAAGUGCCAAACCUAAAGGCGAAUUAGAUGAAGUUUUCAAAAAAUAUUGCCGGAGGAGUUCUAUUCUUAAAACAUGUGUAAAUAACUUUACUACUGCCAUUGAACCCUGUCUUGAACAAAAAGAGCGUGAAAAUAAAAAAAUUAUUCUAAAUAUCACAGAAUCUCUGCUUAACUUUAUAUGUUAUAAAGAAGGAGAUAGAAUCGCCCUCUUCAUAGCAGCAGGAGGACCAGACUGUUUUCAAUCCAAGCAACAAGAAAUUCAAGACUGUUUCAAUACUACAUUUGGUAGUUAUAUUCCUACAGCUAAUCCUACUACUGGUGCAAUGCCUACACUUGAAAGUUUGCCAUCUUUAAUAUUUGAUGAUAAAGAAUGCAGGGAUAUGAAUAAUCUACAACAUUGUAUCGUUAAAGAAUUGGAAAAAUGUUCAGACCCAACACCUGGAAAUAUAGUGGAAUCUAUAUUUAGAUUCAUUAAAAAAGUAACACCUUGUGAAACAUUAUUAGUCAAUGUUCGGAGUGCUGCUGUUACUGGAGUACAAGAAGAAAGUUCUUCUUCGAUUAUGACAUCUAUUCCAACAAUGAUUGCUGUUUCUUUUUUAUUACAAUUUAUGCAUCGUAUUUUCACAUAGCAAAUUAAAUAAAAAUUUUAUUGAUGUGAAAUCUUGUCAGUUAGAACAAUAUUGAACUAUGUGAUUUUUUAUUGUAUAAAAGUACUAUAUAAAAUUAUAUAGUGAAGUAAUUAUAAAAUACAAAAUAUAUAUAAUUAAUCUUUCAUUGAAAA